GUGGCGCUGUCGGUGGCUGCAGAGUUCUGGGAGCAGGGAGACCUGGAGAGGAGCGUCCUGGAGCAGACCCCCAUUCCCAUGAUGGACAGAAGCAAGUCAGACGAACUGCCGAAGAUGCAGUGUGGCUUCAUCGACUUCGUUUGUGCUUUUGUGUACAAGGAGUUCAGUCGUUUCCACGUGGAGAUCACCCCGAUGCUGGAGCGCCUGCUGAACAACAGGAAGGAGUGGAACGCCCUGAAGGAGGUGUACGAGGGCAAGCUGGCGGCCAUCGAAGGGGCAAAGACAGCCAAGGAGGAGGCGGCGGCCGCAAAGCAAGCAGCGGCUGCAGCCCAGUCGCAGUCAAAGACUUGUAUUGUCGGCUAGAGAAGCUACGACAGCAACAGGUUGCUUUGCUUCAUGUUUAUCGUCCCCCAAUAUAUUUAUCUCUAAUCUCAAAAUACCUGCUUCUGUUCUAUCAACUGUUUCUCUUUUGCUUUCUUUCUGCUCGGCUUUACUGUGUAUAUUUACUACUACUGUAUUACUCAUCAAAUGCACUUAGUAUAGCGUUUAGAGUCUGAGGGAAAUGGUAAAUGGACUGUACUUAUAAAUCUCUUUAUCAGGUCUUCUCGACCCCUCAAAGCUCUUUACAUACUACGAGUCAUUCACCCAUUCACACCUCAUUCAUGCAGAACAGCACCUCUAGGGAAGCUAACACACACCUGUGAGGGAAACUUCUGAAGCAAUAGGAGUCAGGACUCAGAGAGACACGAGGAGAGCUGGAGCUUUGAUGGAGUCAGGACUCAGAGAGACACGAGGAGAGCUGGAGCUUUGAUGGAGUCAGGACUCAG